AUGGCUUCUCAUGAUAGGAUGGAGAGGAAUGAAAAAAAGACAGAUUCCAUUGACGCUUCACUAAAACGUUUAGAAGCUCAAAUGGAACAAAUUGUUGAAGAGCUCAAUAAAGAGGAACUAUCAAGUCAACCUGAACAAGCCAAUUCCAUUACUACUAUUAGAAGAGGUGAGGUUGUCGAUAAUAUUACUAUGGAAACUGAAAGAAAUUUUUCUUCUUAUACAGGUACACCUAAAAAUGAUGGAUUAUUGAAUAAACCAGCUUAUGCAAAAUUCUUUAAAGAGUUGAACACCAACAAAAGACGAUAUGCGAACAACGAAAAAGUACAAGAAGCAAGAGUAAUGCUUCAACAUCAAUUGCCCCUUAAGAUGAAGGAUCUUGGUAGCUUCACCAUUGAUAUUACAAUAGGUGAUAAAAAACAUACAAAAGCCAUGUUAGAUUUGGGAGCAAGCAUCAACUUGAUGCCUUAUUCGAUGUAUGAACGACUUGGCUUGGGAGAGUUGAAGCCUACCACUAUGUCUCUACAAUUUGCAAACAGAUCGAUAAAAUACCCUAGAGGUAUAGUGGAAGACUUGCUAGUGCAAGUCGGUAAGUUAAUAAUUCUAGUUGAUUUUGUAGUACUUGACAUGGAAAAUACACCAACAAGGGAUAAAGAGCAAACCAUACUCCUUGGUAGACUUUUCAUGGCAACUACAAGAAAUGUGAUUGAUGUGCAUAAUGGAAAACUUACCAUGACAGUUUUAAGAGAAACUGUGGAACUUAAAGUGUUUGAUUCUCUAACUUUAUCUCCUAAAUCUACUAUUGAUAAGUGUUCAUAUAAUUAUUUAGAUUCUCUUGUUUAUGAACAAUUAUAUGAUGAUAUUCCAUUCUUAAGUGACAAGAGUUUUCAUGACACUUUAGAUGUUCGCAUAAAUAGUAUGAAGCCAUACUUGAAAGGAAUGGCUUAUGAAGAAAGGUGUGAAGGAUUGGAUGCUUGA